AUGCCUAGCACGCACGGCUUCGAGUUCUUGGUUGAAGGUGCUGACGGUGUGCCCUUUGCCACGUAUGAUACUAGACCUUUGGGCCGGCGGAUCAUCACCACCAAGAUUCAAGCCAAAACCGGCGUGAGAUUCAACAUUCGAGUCAGACCGCACCUUCCAUUCCCUGAAGCGAACGAUGCAUCUCCCGACGAAGGCAGGUACAACAUGAGACCCUCCACGCGACCGGCUCAAGUGGCAGGUGAAGGAGACGCCAAACCAUCGAGGGCAGCUGCGAAGCCAGAAGAUGAGUUCCAUUAUGUCGCUUUUGUGUAUUUGGACGGCAAAAAGAAAGCCGAGAGCACCUGUAAUCUCGUCGUGGAUCCUAAGGACAGUAGGUAUCAUGAAGAGGGAUACCUAAUGGUGGGCCGAUUCUCUCUGGCGGAUGAUUCUGCGACUCAGAAUAGGUCGGACCAGGACUUGGAGGCAAGCAUGUCGGUCUCUCCGUGGGUGUUUUCAGAGAGGGGAAUCGAUGUUCUGAUGGGUCGCAUGGACAUCUCCCGAGCCGAUCCUGAUAUUCCGUCAACGGCAAUGGAGCGGGACUUGGUUGACCUGACCCAAGCAAUGGGUAACGACAACUUACGUGGAGGCGCCAAUGCCAAGCGAGGACAGAUUGAAAUUAAGAUUGUUAGAGUCGUGCCUGAUGGCGAAAUACGCCCGAAUCAAUACUGGAAGCGAGACGAAGAGGAAACUCCUAAGAAUAACGACGACAGAACACACGAUGUCAUCAUCGAUAAGGAUCAAGAGCACCGCAUCAGCAUGAUCAGCACCAAAUACCGCCGAUACCGACCAGACGAGGCAUUCCUAUGCAAAGCCAUCUUCCAAUACAUGGACAUUGCCAAACUUGUAAGCCUUGGGCUAUGCAAUGUAAAAGGGGAGGCGAUCGAUCGUCGUCAGAAGAACGCCAUCGGCAGUCCACUGUCAAUCUUGCCCAGCGGUCGUGGCCCACAACGCGGUCAAUUGAAGCGCUUGAUAAGUCUUAAACGAGAGCAGGGUGAGCACGGCGGUCUGGAGAUGGCUAAGUCCUUGUCAAGCAAUGACGAAGAAUCAGCUUCUGACACCACGAGCGACUCUGAUGUGCCUCGGCGAAAGCGUCGUGCAGGAAUUAGAGGACGCAAGGCAAUGGCGUUGAAGGAAAAGAAGACACUUCAGGAGCGAGAGACGGCGACACUGAAUCCAUCCACCAGCAACCUCAGUUUGGUGCCGAACAAACAAGAUUCAGGAACCGAGGAAGCCAAUGCCCACUUGCAGCUGGUCCAAGCAGAUAUUGGAGGGGAUCAUGUCGAAGCACAAGGAGUGGAAUAG